CCAAUCAAUUUAUCGCCUUUUUACGGUCUCUGUUUUGUGCAUUUUGUGCGAAAAAGCGGUGAAUAAGCUUAAUUUUAUCAAAAUUAAAGGUGAGGUAGCGCAAUUAAAUAAUUAUCUCACUUUUUAAAAACUUUUACGAUGGCGCAAAACAGUCGAUUAUACUUAUUUAGACGCAAGAGUUUUUAGGCUUGUAUCAGCCUUCUCCAUAUACCUUAUUUACCUCGAAACAAAAUCAAUCUACGAUCAAGAUGACAUCAAUGUUUGACCAGUACGAACAAGCUUCUCAGCGUUCCAAGCAAGUACUGGCACCACCAAUUCGUCCGGAUAUUAGCACAGCUGGUUUUAUUCAAAUGAAGUUACAAGAUGAUGGACCGAUAUUCACUAAGCAAAAAGUCAACUUUCUGCCAUCGGACAAAAUUCUUCAUUUAGUUGUUAGCAGUAACACAAUUGUAAUAGCUAUGGCUAACAAUAUUUUGUUGCGCAUUGACAUGAAACAACCUGAUAAAACUGAAGAAAUUGACAUAUCCAAAUAUGCACUAAGCAUGAAAAUGUCCGGCUUGUUUUUGGAUCCAUUGGGUCAUCACUUGUUGAUAACUCUGGUACCAAGGCAUGGAGAGAAUCCACUUCCAGAAUUAUUCUACUUACAUAGAAAGACAACAAAACUCAAGCAGGCUGGAAAGUUCAAGGGCCACGAAAUCACCGCAGUGGGUUGGAAUUUUUCUAAUGCUUCGGAAACGAGUACCGGUCCUAUUUUACUGGGUACUGCGAAGGGCCUGAUUUUUGAGACAGAGAUUGGCUUAGAGACCGACAAGAUUUUUAAUACGAGUUUAGAGCAGUAUUGGCGUCAGGUAUUUGAUAUAGGAAAAAAUAGCAAGCCUCCAAUCACUGGAAUAGAAUUCCACAAAAUUCCUAAUUCGGAUAAAUACGUGAUCAUCGUAACCACUCUUAUGCGCAUUUAUCAAUACAUCGGCGCCAUUGGCAAUCCUGAAGAGAAGCCUCUCUUACAACAAGUGUUCUACAGAUAUUUGAAUGCACAAGAGACCUUCAACGAAGUAAUAAAUUCUUUAUCAUAUUCAAAGAUGCAAUUUUAUUAUCCAUCAUUGGGCGUCCUGCCAAAAUCUUUUGGAUGGCUGACGGAAGCUGGUAUUCUGUACGCUCAGGUGGACGCGAAACCGGACACAAACAAUGUGCUGAUAAACCAACGGAUGUUGACAUGCCCGGAAACGAGUCUCAUGGGUAGUAACGGUCCGCAAACCACUUCGAUACCGUUAUCUUUUGUGCUGACGGAAUUCCAUGCGCUAUUGUUGUAUUCAGAUCAUGUGAAGGGCAUAUCACUGCUAAAUCAGGAAUUGAUUUUCGAAGAUGUUUAUAACGAUGCAGUCGGUAAAUUAAUUGGCAUUACCAAAGAUCCGGCGACAAGAUCGAUUUGGGCUUAUAGCGAGCGAGCUGUUUUCAAAUAUAAAGUAACGAAGGAAGAUAGGAAUGUUUGGCAGGUAUAUGUCGAUAAAGGCGAAUUUGAACUAGCUAAGCAAUAUUGUAAAGAUAAUCCGGCACACAUCGACCAAGUGCUCGUGAAACAAGCAGAAAUGCUUUUCAAGAAUAAAGAAUACGAAAAGAGUGCUCUAAUAUACGCUGACACUCAUUCGUCUUUCGAGGAAAUUUCAUUGAAAUUUUUGCAGGAAUGGCAAAUCGAAGCACUGAAAACGUUCUUAUGUAAGAAACUCGACGGCUUGAAGACACAAGACAAGACGCAGAUAACAAUGAUUGUCAUUUGGGUAACAGAGUUGUUUAUGAAUCAAAUGGGAGCUCUCCGCAGUAGCAACACAUCCUAUCUUCACGAUAUGCAGUACAUGGAAUUGCAGAAGCAGUUUGACAGCUUCCUCACUAUUCCAAAAGUCGAGGAAUGUAUCAGGAGAAAUCGCAGCACAAUAUACGACUUAAUGGCCAGUCACGGUGACAAAGAUAAUCUGAUACGUCUGACAAUAAUGCACUGCAAUUAUGAGGAAGUGAUUCGUCAACAUCUGUAUAAAAAUAACUAUUUAGAGGCGCUAGGGGUGCUUAAAAGUCAGAAUAAUAAAGAUCUCUUCUAUCAAUUCGCCGGCAUAUUGUUACAAGAGUUGCCACGGCCUACGGUGGCUGUCUUGAUUUCGCAAGGAUCCUCACUGAAACCAGCAAAGCUUCUGCCAGCUUUGGUCUCAUGCAAUAGUGACGAGAAACACGCGAAAGAAAUUAUUAAAUAUUUGGAGUUUUGCGUAUACAAACAGGGUUCACAAGAGCAAGCAAUUCACAAUUUUCUUUUGUCCCUGUAUGCACGUUACAAGCAGGACGAAGUAAUGCGAUAUAUAAGCUCUCAAGGUCAAGAUAUCAGCAUGGUGCACUAUGAUGUGCAUUACGCGCUGCGAUUGUGUCAAGAGGUAAGCUUGACAGAAGCCUGUGUGCAAUUAUCGGCUUUACUCGGUCUGUGGAUCACUGCUGUAGAUCUUGCGCUUACAAUCAGUGUAGAACUUGCCAAGCAGAUUGCUGCUAUGCCAUCUGAUCAUGAUGACGAGCUGAGGAAAAAACUAUGGUUGAAGAUAGCGGAGCAUGUGGUACGAGAAAAAGACGACAUACAGCAAGCAAUGGAAUUUUUGCAACACUGCGAUUUAGUUAGGAUAGAAGACAUUUUACCUUUUUUCUCCGAUUUCGUCACGAUUGAUCAUUUCAAAGAAGCUAUUUGCAAUUCGCUGCAGGAAUAUAAUCAGCAUAUUCAAGAUCUUAAGGAGGAGAUGCAGGAAGCCACGAAAGCAGCAGAGCUAAUACGGAAAGACAUUCAAGCCUUCAGAACUAGAUGCACUUUUGUGCAUGCGCGAGACACAUGUAAUACAUGUGAGGUGCAACUAUUGCUGAGACCUUUCUAUGUAUUUCCCUGCGGUCAUAAAUUUCACAGCGAUUGUUUAGUGGCAGCGUUAACGCCGAUGCUAUCCAUGGAUCAGAGAACAAAAUUAGCAGAUCUUCAACGACAAUUUACAGCUAUUUCAAAUCGGCCCGAAGAUACCACCUCGAUAACUUCUGUGUCAUUGUCCACGAGAGAUAAAAUCAAGACUGAUAUCGAUGAAUUGGUCGCUUCGGAGUGUCUCUAUUGUGGAGAACUUAUGAUAGAAUCAAUAGAUAAACCAUUCAUUGAGGAAGAGGAUUAUGAACGCGUAAUGAAGGAAUGGACGUAAUGAAAAUUUCUCACUGAAAAUGUGAUAGA